UCUAGUUAAACCAUUAGGCGAAGAUGGCAGAGAAGCUAAAAGUUCUUCUGAUUCUGGGGAGUAUUCGGGACGGACGACAAGGACUCAGGGUUGUCAAAUUCAUGAGGAGGAAAUUAGAGGAACGGAAUUUCGACGUCACAUUAUUUGAUCCUUUGGAGAUGAAUUUCCCUAUGGUGACACAACCAGUACAUUUUUAUGGUCCGGAAAGAAAAAAAGCUCCUAAAAUUCUGGUAGAAAACGAAAAGUACGUCAAGGAGGCGGACGCUUACGUCAUUGUGUCUGCGGAGUAUAAUCACAAUGUCCCACCGGCACUGACCAAUUUACUGGACGCCUUUCCUGGCAGUGCCUACUCCUUUAAACCAAGUGGACUUGUUACAUAUUCCCAGGGUCAGUUUGGUGGAAUGCGAGCUGCCAUGGCUUUGAGAGCAAUCACUGGAGAACUAGGCUGUCUUAGUGUAUCAAACAUUUUUGGAAUUCCUACCGUGCAACAUGCAUUUGAUCCUGAAGGUAAUCCCCAAAAUAGCCACAUGGAAUCAGGAGCCAAGAAAAUGUUAGACCAAUUAGAAUGGAUGGCCAAGGCAAUGAAGAACCACAGGGACAAAUUUGGAGUGCCCAGUUAACAGUCAUCAAUAUUAACAUAUUUUUUAUCAUGACAUAAUAGAGUUUUGUAUGACAAAAUUUUUUACUUUCAAUUUACACGUAGAUCUGAUUUUAUAGAUGUUUUGUUAAUACAUUAUUUUUGAAAAAUAAAAGUUUAACAUUUA